AUGAGGCUCCACGUGGCGAGCUCACUCUUCGUCGAGGACGGCAUUGGCCAGAUCCUCGGCUGUCUCGAGCAGCAGUACGUGGAGGCGGGAGGCCAGUCAGAGCUCGUCGUGGUCUUCGACUGCGAUGGAUUUCGCGGGGACGUGAAGGCCUACGAGGCGAAGAGACUGCAGGUGUUCCUGGCCAGGGAGCGCUUCAUGGCCAACAAGCUGGCUGGCAAGCACCAGGAGGAGAAGAAGGAGAUCUCUGGGGAGGCGGUGCACAUCAAGAUAUGGCAGUGCCCAAGCUGUGGAGCGAAGAACUUCGGCUUCAGGGAGAGUUGCAUGUACAAGGAUUGCAACCACAAGGCGCCCGAGACCACGCUGCAGCUGCAGAGGCUCCAGAAGCUGCAGGAGGUGAAGGUCCACUCGGACACGUCCUACAUGACCCUGGGGGAGCUGGACGCGGCGCUUCGCUCUCGCUGGCUAGUGUGCAUGGACGAGGAGUUCGACAGGUUGCAAAAGGAAGCAGCGGCAUACGCAUGGUCGGAGUGGGGGAUCGAUCUCGUGCUCUCCUCGGCGGAGUGCCACCCGAAGGAGAUGACGGAGAAGGAGAGCCCCGUGCAGGCCGACACCGAGGACUACCAGAGCCUGGACAGGACGUUCGCGGCAUGGCGUCGCGUGGCAGCUGGACUAGGCGAAGACUGGCAGUCAGAAGAGGAUGAUGGUAGCGCAGCUGUGCACGCAGAUGGCGGGGAAGGUGGAGUAUACGUUCGUCAAUCGCAUGCUGUGCAGUUUAUCACGGACGUGGGGCAGAAGGACCUCAGGCCGAAUCCUGGGGAAGGUGGUGCCAAGCCGAGCGAUAGCGAUAGUGGCAUGGGCUUGCCGUCGAUCCCGAGCUUCCCGCAGCUCGCGAUGCCAGAGGUGUUCGACAUCGCCGACGGCGACGACGAGGAGUGGGCCGAGAAGGGCGAGGAAUGCUGCGUGGCCUGCUCAGACUUGGGGGUCUCUGGCAUAGAAGAGUUGCUAGGCUUCGGGAGGGUAGACGUGCAGGCCCUGCAGCUGGCCGGCGAGCAGCCAGACGACAAGCAGCAAGAGGACAAGCAGAAUGAGGUCAAGCAGUACGAGGACAGCCAGAAGGAGGACGACGAUGGUAGGGAGACCAGUGCGCCCCUACCUCAGCCCAUGGGGGCCAGCUCUGCCCAGGUGGAGGAGGAUGAGGUCUGCCCCACCACGGACGAGGAGUUCCAGGCGCUGGCCGACCUGUACCUCGAGGGCGUCGAGCGCGACGGGAGCGAGCUCAGGGUUCGCUUCCAGACGCUUUGCGAGCGCCUCGGCAUCAAGAACGACUCCGAGGCAUUCUUCCAGGUAUUCUGCAACUACCUCGAGGCAUAG